CAUCCCAUUUUGAUCAAGUUGGAUCAAGUCAAUCGUGAUGCUGGUCGCGAGCUGUGUGUUAUAAGCUAUAUUCAACGUCUAAAUAAUACGAGAGAAAGUUUGCUGGUCUUAUAUUGCUUCUAUAUUGAAUUAAGCAGAUAUGAUCUCUCCAGAAGAGAUGGAGUUUCUGGCUGAGUUUGGGGUGCUCACCAUCAUCCCAAACUUCCAGCAAGAGCAGCUGUACCUGAUAGGCGGUGAUGUGGGACCGUUUCGGCCGGCCCUGCCCGUGGAGGUGCCUGUUUGGCUGGCCGUCAACCUGCGCCAGCGCAGCAAGUGUCGCAUCGUGCCGCCCGAUUGGAUGGAGGUCGACCGACUGCAGGAGAAGAAGGAGGAAGAGAAAAACUCUGCGCACUUUACGCCGAUGCCCUGCGAGCACUAUAUGGAGCUGACGCAGCUCAUCAUGGACGUGGCUGCCGGAGACGUGCCCAGAGCCGACCAGAUCCGUACUAUCAUCAAGGACAUUUGGGACAUUCGUGUGGCGAAACUGCGAUCUUCCGUGGACGCUUUCCUCAAGUCCAACUCGUCGUACGCGAAGCUGGACCACCUGACUCUGCUGGAGCUGAACACAGUCAGGCCAUUCCUGAACCAUUCACUGGACCAGCUGUACCGACUCAAGAAGGAUACGUACCGGAGUCUCACAAUGGACGCAAGUCGAACUUCAUGAUCAGUAGGAACUGUGGACAUCAUUACUUUGUGCGUGAAGUGGACAAACUCUGGAGGUUUGUUCUUGGAACUAUUGCGGCUCGUUAUUGAGGGGUUCCAAUCUUCUAGAAUAACGACCAUCUCUUAGUUUUCUCAGUCCUGCGUCGCAUUGGCCAUCAGCGAGAUCGAAACAGGCUGUCCAUCGCGUAUGUCAUAAGAAAGUACAAGGGGAAGCUCGUGUUUUCUUUUUUCUGCGUGGCUUUGAAAUGCAUUGAUGAAAACAAAAUGUUCAAUCAACUGUGAAUUGCAUGUCAUCAUCAUGAUUACAAAAUGUGAGAAAAGUGACGUACUUGGUACAAAUAUUGUCCAUUCCUGACAAGCAGACGUUGAGGUUUCUUACUGAACCCCAGACACUCAUCUCUGUAAGCAGACUGUUGUCAGUUAUGUCCGUUUGCAUUAAUGAGCGUGUCGACUGUCGUGCAUUCCAAGAGGCUUGGUAAUUGCAGUAACAACUUUGCAGAAAUGGUGCAGCCUUCGUACUUUGUGUUGUAGUUAGCCAUAUGGAGUAUGCUUGUAUUGAACAAUGAAUGGACAUCUCAUUGAUGACUUAAAACCAUCAACGUCUGGCACUCAUGGAAUAUGUGAAGAGCGAUAUAACGAGGGGAAUAUUACCGAGUCCGGCA